UUUUGCCAUUCGAUACCGAUAUUUUAUACUCGAUAGUUUUACACCGAUAUUUUUUGGAAUCGAGUACAUGAACUUCAGUAUCGUAUCGUAUUUUCGGAAAAAAUUCUACCAGUCAUAAGUUAGUAUGAAACAACCUAUGGUUCGCACAGACGCUACGUUGUAAGCUUAUCCCUUUCUAAUGCUUGACGCGCUAUGUCAUCAGAUUUGAGCCAAAAGUUUACAGUUACAUAUUCGACUUCACCAAAAGUAGCGGUAGUUUGCCAAAUAAGUAUUACCAUGUAUUUCGUCAUAAUCAGAGUUUCCUCUGUUGUUAUUUAUAUUAAGAACACUUUUAAUUUUUGCAUACUAAAUAUAAGUAAAAUCCAGUUAGAGUUAUAAUAAAUCUAACAUAUUACGGAAGCUUGAAUAGAUUUGAAAAAAUUUUAGAGAAAAUGUUGUUCUUUUAGCAAGUUUUUUUACUAAUUUAUAAUAAAACAUUUUCUUAAAAGAACUUUGAUUAAUAAUGUACUAGUUUUACUUGAUAAACUCUGAUAUUUUGUUGAUUUUUUAGUAUAAGUACAAAAUUUUUGUGGAAGUGUCCUUUUACAAAGCAUUAAAAAUCUACUUCAUUUUUUGAAUAAGAACAAUACGCAUUUAACAGGUAGUAGCAAUGUCUUUAGUUUUUGCUUUUGCUCUCUAUAAUGUCAAAAUCUGUCAACAAAGGUUGAUAGCUUAGAGUAAUAUAAGCAAAGUUUGACAAUUUAGAGACCAGAUACAAACAAUCAAAUCAUGUGCUCUACGUGCUCAAUGUGCAUUGGAAUUAUGCCAUUAUAUUAUUUGCAAAUUAUAAAAUUCAUUGAAGAUUUCGAAAAAUAGAUUGUGUAAAUAAAUACUUUUACAACUUUCAUAUCAGUAUGAAAGCAAAAUUGUUUGCCUCGUAAAUACGUAUAUACGUAUAUAUUUAACAAUGUUAUAUGUUUUAAUAUAUUUUUUACAUAUUUAAAACAAAAAGACAUUAUAAAAUUACAUGCAAUCGCUUUUUGGCCAACUAAGGGUGUACAAAUUAAAAACGACUCUGUGUUCGGGUUCUAAUAGAGCAGUGGCAACACUUAACACUGUACUGAUACAAAACUCAUCUUCAUUUACACAUUGAGAUUUGGUCAUUGUACAUUGCUGCAAGCAAUAUCGUUGGUCAUUGUAUUUUUUGGUAAGUGUUCAAUUUUACUACACAUUUUACAAUAUUUUAAAUUAAAUAAAUAUUUACAGGUUAUGAAAACGAGCGAGAUUUGGAAAUAUUACUCGGCGAAAAAUGAAAAGGAGGCAAAUUGCAAAAUUUGCUUCAAGACCAUAAAGCGCUCGGGAAACACCACAAACUUGCAAAAGCACAUUCGGACACACCCGGUAUUAUAAUUAUAAUUUUUUAUCUAAAUGCAGAUAUGUAAUUGUUUAUAUUCCAGCGCUAGAAGAGAUGUGCAAAGUGUAGAUGAAAGGCAGAGAAAGAUGCCUGGGUGUAAGGAACCGGCACAAGAACGCAACAAUGGGACAUCGCCAAGACCUAGCGAUGUUUCGGAGGAGAACGAAAAAUCCUCACCAAUGACACUUACGCCGAAAUCAGCUUCAACUAGGCAGCAGCGUUUGGGGGAAUGUCUAAAACGACAAUCUUUAUACGCGGAAGGAGGUGCGCAGGAAGUGGCUAUUGCCAAACACAUUCUGUACUUUAUAUGCAAGGACAAAAGACCAUUCGAUAUCGUGAAAGGCAAAGGGUUCCAGAAACUUUUAAAACUGUUGUGCCCUUCGUACACCAUUGCUUCAGUUGACACCCUAAAGUCCAGACUAGAUGACAUUUACACAGUAAAAAUGAAUGAGGUUAUUGGAACCUUUCAAGAAGUGUCUUCAUUUGCUCUUACGUGCGAUGUGUGGACUGAGACGAUGUGCACAAAGAGUUUCCUGGGCGUAACUGCACAUUAUAUACACAACAACAAAAUGAUGAGCAGAUGCCUAGCCACAAAGGAAUUGGAAGAGCGACAUACUGCUGACUAAAUAGCCGAAAAUUUAAGAUCGGUUUGCGCGAAGUUCCAUAUUGAAGCAAGCAAAAUAACGUGCGUUGUUACCGAUAAUGGUGCAAAUAUGGUGGCAGCUGUCAAUGCUUUUGUGGGUAGAUCCAAUCACUUAUCCUGUUUUGCAUAUUCAUUGAACUUAAUAGUUGAGUCCGUCUAUAAACUUGAAUCUUUCUGCGCGCUUUG